UAAAACAGCGGAAGUACUCGUCGUACUGCAUCCGGUGUGUGAGAGAUAAGCGACAUCAUGGGUCGAGAGUCACGGCAUUACAGGAAGCGCUCUGGUUCGAGAGGCCGGUCUGGCAGCAGGUCUAAGAGUCGUUCCCCAGAAUCAAAGCGCUCCAAGAAAGAUGAUCAUGUCACAUCACGCAACCGCGAGCGGAGCAGGAGAGAGAAAUCACGCAGUCGAGACCGCCGGAGGUCACGCUCCAGAGACCGGAAGAGACAGAGACGCUCAAGGAGUCGCGACAGGAGACGCUCAAGGAGUCGAGAACGCAGGCGGAGCAAGAGCAGAAGCAGAGGCCGAAGUAAGGAGAAGUCAGACAACGGAGAGCAAUUUACUGACAAGAAGAAAAUCAAGGAGGAGAAGGAGGAGGAUGUGAAGACUGAAGAUCAAGACUUUGAUCAGAACACGCUGGAAGAGGAGAUGCGGAAGAGGAAGGAGCGUGUGGAGAAAUGGAGAGAGGAGCAGAGGAAGAAAGCCAUGGAGAACAUCGGAGAGAUCAAGAAGGAGCUGGAAGAGAUGAAGCAAGGCAAGAAAUGGAGUCUGGAGGAUGAUGAUGAUGACGACGAGGAAAAUCAAGCUCCCGUUGAGCAAGAAGAAGAAGAAGAGGAUGAGAAAGAUAACGACGUUGACACAGAGGAGGCCGUGCACAUGACAGAGGAGGACACCGGAGAAGAGGUCGACCCUCUGGAUGCCUACAUGGAGGAGGUCAAAGAGGAGGUCAAGAAGUUCAACAUGGGCACCAUGAGAGAAGGAAACGAUAAGAAGGGAGGGAUGAUGGUGACUAAAGUGGUGACUGUGGUGAAAACCAAGAAGAUGCCUCACAGCAGCAAGAAGAAAGGAGAGCUGAUGGAGAAUGAUCAGGACGCCAUGGAGUACUCUUCAGAGGAGGAGGAGGUGGAUCUGCAGACAGCUCUCACAGGCUUUCAGACCAAACAGAGGAAAGUUUUGGAGCCUGUCGAUCAUCAGAAGAUUGAAUAUGAAUCCUUCCGCAAGAACUUCUAUGUGGAGGUACCGGAUCUGGCCAAGAUGUCGCCCGAGGAGGUGAAUGAAUAUCGUCUGGAGUUGGAGGGAAUCGCAGUGAAGGGUAAAGGAUGCCCAAAGCCCAUCAAGACGUGGGUGCAGUGUGGCACAUCCAUGAAGGUGUUAAAUGCUCUGAAGAAGCACCACUAUGAGAAGCCGACUCCGAUCCAAGCUCAGGCCAUACCUGCCAUCAUGUCUGGACGUGAUAUCAUAGGCAUCGCUAAGACGGGAAGUGGCAAGACCAUCGCCUUUCUGCUGCCCAUGUUUCGCCACAUUUUAGACCAGCGGUCUUUAGGAGAGGGUGAAGGGCCCAUCUCGGUGAUCAUGACCCCCACUCGAGAACUGGCUCUGCAGAUCACUAAAGAGGUUAAGAAGUUUUCCAAGUCUCUGGGGCUGAGGGUGGUUUGUGUGUACGGCGGCACUGGCAUUAGCGAGCAGAUUGCCGAGUUGAAACGCGGUGCAGAAAUCAUCGUGUGCACACCAGGACGAAUGAUUGACAUGUUGGGUGCAAACAGCGGUCGAGUCACCAAUCUUCGGCGAGUGACAUAUGUGGUGGUGGAUGAAGCGGAUCGCAUGUUUGAUAUGGGCUUUGAACCACAGGUGAUGCGAAUCGUGGAUAACAUCAGACCUGACCGUCAGAUUGUCAUGUUCUCCGCUACUUUCCCGCGGACGAUGGAGGCGCUGGCGCGCAGGAUCUUGUCCAAACCCAUCGAGGUGCAGGUGGGCGGCAGGAGUGUGGUGUGCUCCGAUGUGGAACAGCAUGUGAUCUUGAUUGAGGAGGACAAGAAGUUCCUGAAGCUGCUUGAGAUUCUGGGUCACUAUCAGGAGAAGGGCUCCGUCAUCAUUUUUGUGGACAAACAGGAGCAUGCUGACGGUCUUCUCAAAGACCUGAUGAAAGCGUCAUACCCCUGCAUGUCAUUACAUGGAGGCAUUGAUCAGUACGACAGGGACAGCAUCAUCAACGACUUCAAAAACGGCGCGUGCAGACUGAUGGUGGCCACAUCAGUGGCUGCACGAGGACUCGACGUCAAGCAUCUCAUUCUAGUGGUGAAUUACAACUGUCCCAAUCACUACGAGGACUAUGUCCACCGCGCCGGACGCACGGGACGAGCUGGCAACAAAGGUUAUGCAUACACAUUCAUCACUGAUGAUCAGGUCCGUUACGCUGGUGACAUCAUCAAAGCUCUGGAGCUGUCUGGAUCUCCGGUUCCUCCUGAACUCGAGCAACUGUGGACUGUCUUUAAAGAGCAGCAGAAAGCGGAAGGGAAGAGCAUCAAGAGCAGCAGCGGCUUCUCAGGAAAGGGCUUUAAGUUUGAUGAGACUGAACAUGCGCUGGCCAACGAGAGGAAGAAGCUGCAGAAAGCAGCAUUAGGACUGCACGACUCUGAUGAUGAAGAUACCGCACUGGACAUUGAUGAGAAGAUUGAGAGUAUGUUUAACUCAAAGAAGCGUGUUAAGGAUUUCUCGGCUCCAGGUGGUGCUGCAGGUGCACCGGUAGUCGGGGUGACUGGAGCUGCGACCGUCUCUGGACUAAGCACUGUAGCAGCUCCAUCUGCUGGAAACAUCCAGAAACUUGAGAUUGCUAAGAAACUGGCUCUCAGAAUACAAGCGCAGAAGAACCUUGGUGCUGAAGCUCAGGAUGUGAUGCAGCAGGCGACAAAUGCAAUUUUGCGCGGUGGCACGAUGAUCGCCCCAUCUGUCUCUGCUAAGACCAUCGCAGAGCAGCAGGCUGAGAAAAUCAAUGCCAAACUGAACUACACGCCUGUGGAGAAGCUGGAGGAGGAGAGACAGAAUGCUGAAGCUGCUGAGACGGUCAAGAGAUACGAGGAGGAGUUGGAGAUUAAUGACUUCCCUCAGACCGCGAGAUGGAAAGUGACGUCUAAAGAAGCGCUUCAGCGGAUUGGCGAGUAUUCAGAGGCGGCCAUCACGAUACGAGGAACAUACUUCCCUCCAGGCAAAGAACCCAAAGAGGGCGAGCGCAAGAUCUACCUGGCCAUUGAGAGUGCUAAUGAGCUGGCCGUACAGAAGGCAAAAGCAGAAAUCACUCGACUCAUUAAAGAAGAACUCAUCCGCUUGCAAAAUUCAUACCAACCGACCAGCAAAGGACGAUACAAGGUUUUGUAGAGCAGACGGCAGAUGAGACGAUCACUUUUGUUUUUCUCAAACCCACAACACUUUUUGUUAUCUAAAUCGGUCACUUGUUUGCUAAUCUGGAAGUUCUGACCCAUUUUUCUUUUAUGCUUUGUUCAUGUUGAAUAUUUUAGAAAAUUCCAUGUCAUUGGAUAGUGAAAUUCUUUUGGAAAUAAAGUGUUUUUCCUUGUGUC